UGCAUCAAAAUAGUAAAUCUCCUUUCCUCUUUCUUUCUUUCUUAGUACUACUUUCUAGAGAGAGAGAGAGAGAGAGAGAGAUGGGAAACUGUUUGGGAACCCCGGUGGAGAAUCAUAGCCUUAUCGUCACCCAACCAUCAACCCCAGUUGAAAGCAAAGAAAACGCAAUAAAGCAGAGCAAAAGCCGCAACAACAGACACGGAGCUGAAAACAGAGGGUCCACCGUGGCGGGAGGCGGAUGUGCGGCGGCGGAGAAACGCAGCCCAAUCGUCCGCAAACCAUCAACGCCAGAUGACAGCAAAGGAAAGGCAAUCAGGCAGAGCAAAAGCAGUAACAACAGACACGGAGAUGAAAACGGAGGGUCGGCGGCGGCAGGAGGCGGAGUUGCGGCGGCGGAGGCGGUGCCGCCGAGCGGGAGAAUUAUAACUCCGAACUUGAAAAUGUUUACUUAUGCGGAACUGAAGAGUGCAACAAGGAGCUUCAGGCCGGAGACGGUGGUCGGAGAGGGAGGAUUCGGGAAGGUUUUCAAGGGUUGGGUGGAUGGGGAGACCUUGGCGCCGUCGAAACCCGGCGUGGGAAUGCCGGUCGCCAUCAAGAAAUCUAAUCCUGAUAGUUGGCAAGGACUCCAAGAGUGGAAGGCGGAGGUGGAGUUCUUGGGGAAAUUUAGCCAUCCAAAUCUUGUUAAACUCUUGGGUUAUUGCUGGGAAGACAGACAAUUCCUCCUAAUUUACGAAUAUAUGGAGGGAGGAAGCUUAGAAACCCACCUCUUCAGAAAGGGUGGAGAUCCUAUUCCAUGGGAUACGCGGCUCAACAUUGCCACAGGGGCGGCUCAAGGCCUCACUUUCUUGCACACAACAGAGAAUCAAGUGAUCUACCGUGAUUUCAAGGCAUCGAAUAUAUUGCUCGAUGGGGAUUUCAAUGCAAAGCUUUCGGAUUUUGGGUUGGCAAAGUUGGGUCCUGCUGACGGCGACACACACGUCACAACACGCAUUAUUGGUACAUAUGGUUACGCGGCUCCCGAGUACGUCGCCACGGGUCAUUUGUAUGUGAAGAGCGACGUCUAUGGUUUUGGAGUGAUGUUGCUCGAACUAUUAACAGGCCUAAAGGUGGUUGACUUAAACCGACCCAAUGGAGCUCAUAACUUGUUAGACUGGGCAAAACCUUCCCUAGCUGAAAAAAGAAAGCUGAAGAAAAUCAUGGACCCAAGGCUGGAGAAUCAGUACCCUCCAAAAGCUGCAGUCCAAGCAGCUGAACUUGUAUUAAAAUGCCUGGAAUCAGAACCAAGGCACCGCCCAACCAUGGAAGAAGUCUUGGUGACACUACAACAUAUUAACUCCAUCAAGAUGAAUCCUAAGGAUUCUAAAGCAAGUGAAAAAUAUCCUGCGGCCCUUCGCCACCACCAAACACCUGGAAAUUCCCAUCGGUAUAGUCAGGAUCGCUAUCCACUUCACCGCAACAACGGUGGAAUGGUGGAGCCCCCUCACCCUAGCCCCCGAUGAUAUUUUGUCGGUUGUUUUUGCAGUAAUUUUUAGGAACUAUAUUUCCAGAUUUGUUGUACAAACUUGUGUCUAAAUUCAAAGGUUAUCCUGCGGUCUUUAGCCACCCAAAGAACUUCCAGAAUGUUACUCAGUAACUGAGAGGUAAAUACAAUCAUCCAUAUCAGGAUGACAUGUUAACAAGAUCCAUGUCAUAUUCACAAGUGUCAUCUAUACCAAAUCGCCUUGCAAUUUCUAGCA